AAAGAAAUGCUUUCGGAAAUCAAUCAAAAUGUUGAAAAAUUAAUGAUUGACUAUCCUAUGGAGCACAUGAAAUUUAAUCGUCGUAUAAGGUGCAUAGCAGAAAAAAAUUAAGAAAAUAUGGAUUUCUUCUCAAAUCUUAUAAAACGCCCAAUGAGUUUAGUGUUAGGCGAUGAACACGAUACAGCAAGUACACCAAAUGAUAUAAAAUUAUCUGCAACAAGCCGCUCUGAACCUCAAACACCAAAUGAUGAAGAUUUAUCUGCAUUGGCUUCGGUGAGUAAAAAUAGAUAUGCGGCAAUUAAAAAAUACUCUGAACAAUUAGAGUUUGAAGAUGGUCUUGGAGACUUAUGUGCUGUCACCACACAUACAUACGAUGCAAGUUCCCCACCAAAAAAGGUUGCUAAGUCUGUUAUUAGAAGUCCACCGAAAUCUCGAAAAUCUAAUGAUGUAUUAAGUUCACCAUUUAGUAUAAAAGAACAAUUUACGGAAAUGAAUACAGAAAUUGUUGAUAUACUAAAUAAAGAUAUGAUAGAAUUAUCGCCAACCCAGUCAAAUACUUCAAAUUCUUCAAAUCUUCAUACAAAUUCAAGCAAAACCAAUAUAAUGCUUACAGAAAUUAAUACAAAUAUGGAUAAAAUGUUAAAUGAGUAUCCUAUGAAUUCCAUGAAUAUUAUUCCUACAAUCAAGCUCAGUCAAAUAAGCAAUAAAGCAGCAACAAUGGCAGAGACAAAGUUAUCUGUUCCGUCUUCUCAGCCUCAGAUAAAAGUCACUGGACCUACGCCUAAUGCAUCGCCUUCACCAACUGCCGGUUCAGCUGGUUAUGAAGCUAACUCACUAUUUUCUCCGUCAACUGGACAAAAAAUAAGUGAUUCACCAACGUCAUCCACUAGACCUAUUGGUGGAACCAACAAAUCAUCACACAAAUUCAUUGGUUUGACUGAAUUCGAUGAAUCUGAAAUACCGGAAUUGCCAGACUGUCUUAAUCCAAAUAUUGAAGAACAUUUAAAAACAACAUUUGAAGACGGUUUCAUACCCACUUUAACAGUACUAAACACAACUGAAAACGUUGAUAUUAAAAACAGUUUUCCAUUAAAAGAAAAUCUACUAAAGGAUGAAAUAAAUUCAUCUGAUAGUGAAGCAUACAAUGAAUGCGAAGCCAUAGAAGCGGAAUUUCAAAAGUUAAAAAAAUUGGCUGCUGCCGAACUUUUAGGUGAUGAAUUCACUAAAAAUACACUGGAUGAAAUCGAAAGCGCAUUUAAUAGGUCAGCAUAUGAACCACACGCAAAAGAAUCCUGGCAACUAAAUGUGACAAAUAAUUUAGAAGUAAAUCCGAGCGAACCUAUGGAUAUUGAUUUAAACUUCACCAAUACUGAUAUAUCGGUUAAUAAUUAUUUUGAUGUGGAACAAGAGAAUUUAGAAAAAUCGUUGAACAAAAGUAUUGAAAUGCCACGGAAAUUAAACAGCAGUUUAACACAGGAAAGUGUACCAGAAUUUUCCGGUGCCAGUGCAAGUGGCAUAGUAGCUCAACCAGUUAUAAGACCAACUUUAAACUUAACUUUAGAUAUGUCAUCAUCAUUUUGUAGUGCAAGAAGUUCUGCACCGUCUUCGCCCGCUUUUCCGAUUUCCAAUAUCAAUGAUAUCAAUGAACCUUACCGUUUUCCACAGUCACCCACAUCUGCAAAUAAGGGAAUAAUAUAUUUAGAAAAAUCGGACUAUGCAAAAAAAUUAAAUGAUUCAAAUAAAUUUAUUUCUGAUUUUAGAUCUAAUAGUCCACAGUUAAAUCUAGUGAAUGAAAACAAUGGUUUGAAUACUUUGGAUUCACCUUUAGGUCUUAAUAGUAAUGAUGUUGCAUUAAACAGUAUAUUUAAUAAUAAUCAAACAUUACCUAUUACAACUGCAAAAAGAACAUUCACUGUCAGCUCAUUAGAUACGAAUGAGUCUGUUUCAGAUUCACAUGAAAAUGACAUUACACCACAGACUGAUCUAACAACAAUUAUAGACAAGUCUGUUAAAAAUAAUUUCGUAAAUGCUAAUGACAGCACUGAAGAAAGUAAUACUAUGGAAGACAUGGAUGUUGAUGUUAGCAUGAAGUCUUUGCACGAAAAUUCGGCUUUGUUAUAUCUAACGCCAAAAGAAAAAUUAAAUUUGAAAACAGGCGAAUCUGAGAAAGCAUCUACACCACUAACAGGUGAGCACAAUAACCUAUUCGCCACAAACGGUCUUGAAAGAGAAUGUUCGAAAACACCACUAACACCAAUUCCUCAAAGUCAACCAAAUAUCGGUGAACCGGAUUACAAUUCUCCAUUUUAUCAGCUCUUUUCACCUGUAGUUACUAUGGAAAAGCGUCAAAAGGAAGAGGAAUUAAUAGGAAAUAUUCAACCUAAAUGUUUAAAUAUACCAAAUGUAAUAACAAUGGCUGAACGUCAAAAAAUGGAUGAAGAUGUAUUAUCAGAAAAUCAGCUCUCUUCAUCAAAGCGUAGCGCUUCACCCCCCAUAACAACUAUUAAAACAAAUUUGCAGGAAGAUGAUUUAAAAAUGUUCUCAGAAUGUUCUUCACCUACUUCAAAAUCGCCACCAAUACCUACAUUGCAAAAACAAUACAAACCUAAUAAUAUUGAUAUUGUAAGCGAAGAUAAACAAUCUAAGACUGAAUAUAUUGCAGAUUUGGUAAAUGCAAUAGAAAUUAAUGUUGUCUCUUCAUCAGAGCUUAGAGCUUCACCCCCCAUACCAACUAUUACAACCAAAUUACAGGAAGAUUUAAAAAUGUUCUCUGAAUAUUCUUUACCUUGUUCAACAUCGCCACCAAUCCCUACAUUGCAAAAACAAUACAAACCUAAUAAUAUUGAUAAUAUAAACGAAGAUAAACAAUCUAAAACUGAAUAUGUUGAAGAUUUAGCAGAUCUUUCGCCACUAUGUUUGGUUUCACCUCCAAUACCGACUUUAAAUAAAGCUCCCGCAGGUCUUAGCGAAGAGGACAACACUAAGUCCUUUUCACCAUCUAUGCAUAGUAAAAACAAAAGAGCAACUACUCAUAGUUCAGUUGGUUCAGUGGAUUCUUCUUAUGGAGAAGUUUUAUCUGCUAAAGAGCAAACCAAAUGUAAUGCACGUGAUGAGAAAGAUGUUGAAAACAUUAGCACAUCUCAAAUUAAUGAUUUGUUUGUAAAGAAAACUCUUAACAAAUCUCAGUCAAUCUAUGAUGAUGAAUUCAAGAGUGGCAAUACUGAUGCAAAUGUAUUAUUUGAUGCCGCAGCCUUUGAUUAUCUUCUGUCUAAAGGCAAUACUAAUAUACAAGAAAAUCGAAGUUCACUUCUUUUAAAAUUCGAUCCAUUACUUGGCGUACCUGUGGCUACAACUAGUCAACAAUCCGUUACCACACUGUCUCCAACUAUCGAAGAAGAGGAAAAUUGUGGGGAGGACACAGCUGCUGAAUGCGCAAAAGUUAAACCAAAAGAAGGCAGCAUUAAUAAGAAUGAAACAAUGAGUAUAACCAUGACGAAGGAUAUACAUGUAGAAAAUGAUUGCAAAAAGUCAUAUGAUAACUCCAACUCGCAAUCUGAUGUAAAACAGAACGAUUAUCAAAUGGAUGAACUAGAGAAAAAAAUUAAAAAUGAAGUAUUAAAAACAGAGGAUAUCGAAAAGAAGCUUAAGGAUGCUGAAUCCCGGGAGGAAAAUUAUAUUAAAAGAAUUACAGAAAAAGACAAAGCAAUAUAUAAAAUGCAUAGCGUUAUUGAAGCCUAUGAGAAAGCGAUCGCAGAACUUAUCUCAGAAAAGGAACAAAUAGUACAAUCCUAUGAAAAACAGAUACUGGAAAUUAAAUCUGAUAGAGAUUCAAAUUACCAACAUUUAACAUCUCUUGAAACUACCUUUUCGGAUUUACAUGUUAAAUAUGAAAAGAGCAAGGAAAUGACACUACAGUUAAAGAAAACCGAAGAGGUUUUAUUGAAUGAAAAGGCAGCACAUUUAGAAAAUAUACGUUCGCAAGAAAAGCGAUAUGAGAAAAUGAAGCUUCAUGCAAUGCAACAAUUGGAAUUUGCAAACAAUAAACUGGAAUUAAUGUCAAAGGAGCAUCACAUCGAAGCAGCUAAACUGAAAGCUUCAUUAAAGAAGGAAGAAUUGGCAAGGGCGUCGUUAAGUGAACAAUUACAGCAGAAAGCACGUGAAAACAAUGAGCUAGUUAAGAUUUGUGAUGAGCUCAUUAAUGGGCAAGGAAGUUAAAGUGGCACAUCGCAUCAUUCUCAUUUAAUUUUUAACACAUCUUCGAUUUACAAUAUAUAUUUUUAUACAUUUACAAGUACAUUAUACUCAGUCGUCGUAGUAAUGCAUUAUUUAAAAACACAUAGUUAAUUAUUAAGCACACAUCUCAAACAUUUCGAGUAAGAGAAAAAAUGAAAUUAUUAUCCUUGUAAACAGAUGAUUAGUGUGAUUAUAGUUUUUGUUUUUUAAAAUAGCGUACAAUGAUUUUUAUCUAAGAAUUUAAGAAACUUAAUAUACGUUAGAUCCAUUUUUGGUUAGUAAAAUAGUAAAAGUGAAUUAUCUCAAAAACAAAAUUAAUACAAAAUUUAUAGUUAAUACGCUUCUUCUUUUGUUCAACUAUUUACAUUGUA